AUGGCGGCUCUCGCUUCGUCCCUGUCCGUGUCCUCGCGCCUGGCGAUGCCGUCCGCGGCGAUGACGGCGAGCAGCAGCAAGCUGAGCGCCUCGGCCUCGUUCGCGCCGAGCGUGAAGCACAGCUUCGGGUGCUCCGCGUCGAGCAGCCGCGUGGUGAUGGCGGCGGCCGCCGCCGGCAAGGACAAGCCGAGGGAAGGCUCUAAGGAGCCCGCGCAGGAGACGCUGCUCACGCCGCGUUUCUACACCACCGACUUCGACGAAAUGGAAGCGCUGUUCAACCGCGAGAUCAACCCGUACGUGAACCAGGCGGAGUUCGACGCGUGUCUGGAGGAGUUCCGGGCGGACUACAACCAGACGCACUUCGUGCGCUCGCCCGACUUCAAGGCGGCGGCCGACAAGAUCCAGGGCCGCGCGCGCGAGAUCUUCGUGGAACCAAUUGGCCCGUGCAUUGCGGAGAUCUUCACGCUCAUGUCGCGCGACGAGGCGCGGCACGCGGGGUUUCUGAACAAGGCGCUGUCGGAUUUCAACCUGUCGCUGGACCUGGGGUUCCUGACCAAGGCGCGCAAGUACACCUUCUUCAAGCCGCAGUACAUCCUGUACGCCACGUUCCUCUCGGAGAAGAUCGGCUACUGGCGCUAUAUCACCAUCUGCCGCCACCUCACGGCACACCCCGAGUUCGCGUGCUACCCGAUCUUUGAAAAGUUCGAGAACUGGUGCCAGGACGAGAACCGGCACGGCGACUUCAUCACGGCCAUGCUCAAGUGCUACCCCAAGUUCCUCACUUCGUGGGACUCGAAGCUGUGGGCGCGCUUCUUCUGCCUCUCCGUGUACGUGACCAUGUACCUCAACGACCACCAGCGCGGCGCCUUCUACCGCAACCUGGGGCUGGACGUGAAGCAGUUCGACCUGCACGUGAUCAAGGAGACGAACCGCACGUCGGCGCGCAUCUUCCCCGCCGUGCUGGACGUCGACAACCCCGAGUUCGAGUGCAAGCUCGACCACCUCGUGCGCCUGCACGAGAGCAUCAUCGCCGUUGACGCGAAUCAAGGCGCGCCCGAGCUGCUGCGGCGCGUGCAGAAGCUGCCGCUGCAGGCGGCGUUUGUGGGCGAGCUGCUCGCCAUGUACCUCAUGCGCCCCGUCGACGCGGGCUCCGUCGAGUUCGACCACGAGGAGGCGCGCAUCGUCUAUUAA